AAAGUUGCGGCUUCUCUUUGCUACCGCUUAGUCUGACUCGAGCAGUCGUAGGUGAAACACAUUUGCUAAAGUGAAAUUAUGGCUCAAUUGGAAAUUAAUCAUUAUACUUCAGAAAUGGCUAAUUUCCCAGAUGCAGGAAUAAUAAAGUGGUCAUUGAUAUUCUCGCCGAUGACAAUGAUUUUUCUAUCGCUAGCCUAUCUGAGCUUCGUCUACUUCAUUGGCCCGCAAUUUAUGAAAAACAGACAACCGUACUCGUUGAAAACGUUCAUGCAGUUUUAUAAUAUUUUUCAAAUUAUUGCAAAUUUUUGGCUAGUGUCCAACAUUUAUAUAUAUGGUAGACCAAUUGCUGUUUUGUGGAAAUAUUGCGAAUCAUUCGAUGAAAUGGUGGGCAGCAAUUCUGAAAAGGUACUUCAAAUUUUCUUGGGGCUACUAAUACUUAAAAUAAUAGAUUACACUGAAACUAUAGUAUUUGUUUUGAGAAAGAAAAACAAUCAGAUCUCCUUUUUACACGUAUAUCAUCAUCUUUCCACGGUUCUCUACGUGUGGGUCACGCUCAAAUAUUGGAUUCAUAGUCACCUCAUGGUUACCACGUUGCUCAAUUGUUUUGUACAUGUUGUAAUGUAUUCUUAUUAUUUUCUGAGCACUUUUCCCAAUUUACAACGAAGACUUGUACCAUUCAAGAAGUGGAUUACUAGAAUACAAAUGGCACAUAUUCUAUUCCUGACGGCAAUCAGUUUGGUAGGUUUUAGACCUAGCUGCGGCAAUAAGAGUGCGAAAUAUUUUAGUGCCAUGACAUUUCUUAAUGGCACGAUAAACUUGUUAUUUUUUUUCAAUUUUUAUACUUCUUAUAAGAAAUCGAAAACAGCCUGAUUACGAAAGUACAAUUUUGUUGAAUGAGCACUGCUGCUGUCGGCUCAACAAGAUUCAUUCUCCUUCUUUUUAUUGUAAUAAAAUAUUGUGUAAUAAAUAAUGUAAUGUAAUAAAAUGUGCCUGUGCACACGUAUGUAUACA